ACAGCUUUACAGUUCUGGUCAAAUACACUCACUAUUCUCCUCCCUGAUAGUCUUCAAUUCUCCUCCCUCCCUCCAAGACUCCGCAGAUGCUAGACUCGAACGCAGCACUAGUCGCAGCAAGCGUCGGGCUCUUCAGCGCAACAUUCUCCUUUGCUCACAUUUCCCUCCAUUUCCUUGCUUUCGUGACCAAUCCCUUCCUAUCCUUACAUUCCACCUCUCUUCCCUUACCUCGGCGUGGAUUCGUUGCAUAGAACUCUAAUAGCAUUUCCCGUGAAAUAACAGUCGUGUUUAUAGACAUCUUAAAACACGACUCAAAGUAUUCCCCUCCAACGAGUGCUGGUCCCUCGAUGAGAGGGCCACACGUUAGCUCCUCCUUCCCCCGCGCAUCGCGGGGGGGCCUACGUCAAGCAUCAUCGACUCUCGCCGGCUGCUCCAGAUCGCCACGACUGCAGAUCCGUUCUCGCAACCUCUAUGCUCGAUCGGCUUCCUUCCUCGUCGCUGUCCUUUCCCUCCUUGUCGCCCUCGUCCCUGCGACGACGGGCGAGUCUGCAUCGUCGCAUCAAGUGACGGAAUCGAGCGAUUCUCCCGGUACUUUUCCCGAUCACGAUCACGAUCGGUUCAACGGUCACGAUCGCAGCCCGGACUGGGCUUCUUUAUCUUCUGUGGAAUCGUUCCAUUCGUUACAAUGGCGAGCGCUUCAAGAACUCUACCCGACCGCUUUCGACGAUCCGUACGACUAUGCAGACUUUCCCACGACCGGCGGGCCCGUGGGAUACGACCCGGUGCCGUUGCUCCCAACGGCCGUGACGGUUACGGAUAACAGCUCCCAGAGCAGCAGCCGGGGGAACGCGCUCAUCCCUCUCGCCAUGCACGGCGGUAGAAUCCCGUAUCCUACGGGGGAGGUCACCACCCCUCCUUAUUUCGGCGAGGAUGGUGAUAGAGUGGAGGGAGUCGAAUGGUGGCGGGGAAACGCGGGCGGCGAUAACUCCUCCGCCGCCGCAUCGCCGCCGGGUUCCGCGCCGUCUAAUCCGGCGCUCUUCCCGCAGCUGCCGGGCGCGGAUGCGGAAAACAGCAGCAGUCCGGAGCAGCAGCCGCCGCCAUGUGCCAACAGCAGCAGCGGCAGCACCGGCGGCGGCGGCGGCAGCAACGGCGCGUUCAGCAUUAAUGGGCUGUCGAAAGGCGCGUCGAUCGCCGUCGUUGGGGGAUUCUGCUUUUGCGGGCUGCUGCUGAUCGCCGCACUGGCAGUCCUCGUCCAUAUGUACUUUAAGAGUCGCACUCACGCCGCCGCCGCCGCCGCUGCCGCUGCGAAAAAGCUGGAGUGCCAAGACGGCGACGGCGACGAGGAGAAUGGAAACGUGGCGGCGCUGGUAGGCGCGGCGGGUGCGGGGGCUAUGGUGGGUCUCGGCUGCUAUGGCGCGAAGGGAAAGAGAGACAGCGCGGAGAAGCAUAAGGAGCGGGCGGAGCGGGAGGGACGAUCGCCCGAGCGCUGGGGCUGGUUCGCCUCUGCCCCAUCGUGGGUCGCCGCGUUCCUUCCCCGCGGGCGGAUUGCCGCCUCCCCCUCUUCCCCCUCCGCGUCUAGCAAAACGCUCAAAGGCGGCGUGCGCGUGUGCUCGCCGCGUGCCAGCGUGAGCCAGGCGGGGGCCGACCGAUCCGACGUGGCAUGGCAGGCGGUGCCGAACCUCGACCCGCAGCUCGGCGCGGUGUGGGAGGAUCCCGAGGGACCGGCCGUGGGCGGCGGCGCCGGGGAUGCGUGGCGCGGGAGAGUGGAGGUGGUAGAAGUGGUGGAGAUAGAGGAUAUUCUAGAAGGCGAAGAGGCGGAGGACAGAGAGGAGAGUGAGGGCAGGGAAGAGAGGGAUGGCAGGGAGGAAGGUGAGGGAGCGGAAGAGCCGUGUUUCCUCAUGUCUCCAUGCGACACCCCCCACCUCUCCCUCUUUCAUGCGGCCUCGCCGCAUUCUGCUGAGUCACACGCCGCUGCCCCUGCCACACCGGCUGCUGCGGCUGCUGCAGCAGCUGCUGCUGCUGCUGCUUCAAGCGGUGGUCGCAAGGCCGGCACCGGCACUGGGAGGUUCGGCCUCGGCUUCGGAUCACUCUUACUCUCAGCGGGGAAGGCGGCACAGAAGCCGGCGGGAGCGGGGGAAGGGCGCGCAGAGCUGGGUGCGGAUGCGCAGCAGCCGGCGGCGGAAGCAGCGGGAAGCGGCGGGUGGAUGGGGGGCGCGCAAGCAGCGGUUGUGGGAGCCGAAGUGGAGCGGUUAACAGCGAUGGAAGAGGGGACGGAUGACGCAGGGACGGGCGAGGAAGGGACGGAUGGAGGAAUGAAGGAAGGGGAGAUCAGUGUACCACCUGCUGCUGCUGCUGCUGGUGCUGCUGGUGCUGCUGGUGCUGCUGGCGCUGCUGCUGCUGCUGGUGCUGCUGCUGCUGCUGCUGGUGCUGCUGCUGCUGCUGGUGCUGCUGCUGCUGGUGCUGGUGCUGGUGCUGCUGCUGCUGGUGCUGCUGCUGCUGCUGGUGCUGCUGCUGCUGGUGCUGGUGCUGCUGCUGCUGGUGCUGGUGCUGCUGCUGCUGGUGCUGGUGCUGGUGCUGCUGGUGCUGGUGCUGGUGCUGCUGGUGCUGGUGCUGCUGGUGCUGGUGCUGCUGGUGCUGGUGCUGGUGCUGCUGGUGCUGGUGCUGGUGCUGCUGGUGCUGGUGGUGUCCUCAGUGGCUUAACCCUUGGUUUGGUGUCCAAGGAAAGCAAGAGGGGGAAGGCAGAGGGAACGGCGCGAGGAUGGCUGAAGGGCGGAGGCGGGCAAGCGAGAGACGAGAGAGAGAAGGGAGAGGGGGGAGAGGUGACAGAGACGAGGCAGACGAGAGAGGCGAGAGCGGAAAGCAGUGGUGGUGGUGGCAUGAUGCAUUCGACAGGUGGGUGGCCUGGCUUCGGCUCGUGGUGGCGAGGACGGGGAGAGAAGGGGAGGGAUGAGGAGCAGCAAGAGAGCGGUAGGCGUGAGAGGGGGAACGAGGGAACGAGUGCGGAGAGGGAGGACAAGAGCUGCGUGGGAGGGGGGUCAAGGUGCGAGGCGAGAGAGGGGUUGAAUGAGGAAGAGGCGAGGAGCGAGUGUUAUAACGAGGAUGAGGAGGAGCGGCAGGGAGGGGGAGGUGGGGCGACUUGUAACGCAGAGAGAGACGCUGCCACGCGCGACACUGCAACUGCGACAGGAGAGAUGAGCCAACAGGUUACCACGGCGCUGGCGAAAUGGACGGGCGUUGGCGAAAUGAGCCUCAAGGAGGUGCUGGCGAUCACAGACAACUUCGCCCAGGCUCGUAUUCUCCACGAGAGGCGCUCAGUCGUCGUCUACCGAGCCUGCUGCCCAGCCUCGGGGCAGGUCUGGGCUGUGAAGCGCGCCAAGCUCUCCCUCCUCUCCCCCUCCCCAACCUCCCCUGGAGGCUCGGGCAGUGGACCACUAACAGAGGGGGGAGAGGAGGGGGAGGGGGAGGAGGUGGGAGAGCGAGAGGGGGCAGGGCAGAAAGCAGCACACGCGCUGGCAGCAGCAGCAGCAGCAGGAGUAGGAGGGGCAGGAGGAGGAGGAAGGGGAGGAGGAGGAGGAAAAGCAUUGCCAGCAGCAUUGGCAGCGUCGCCUGAGGCAGUGGUGUCGAUGACUGCUGGUGCGUUUGCCGAAGCGGCUAUGGCGCUGGGUGGCUUGGCGCACCCGCGGCUGGCGCGGGUAGUGGCGUUCUGCAGGGAAUGCGCGGAGAGGAUCCUGGUGCUGGAGAUGGUCCAGGGGGAGCCGCUUUCCCUUGCGCUCCAUGCCGCUCCUCCUCCUCUUCCUCCUGCUGCUGCUGCUGUGACAACCGGAAGGGCAGCCUUGACUGGCGCGGCUGCUGCUGCGCUGCUCUCCCUCCCCCAGCGCCUGCAGGUGGCUGCGGACGUGGCGAGCGCGCUCAAGGCCCUGCACGCGUACCUGCAGGUGCACGAGCCCCCCCCGCGCAAGGAGCGCCUCUACUCGCACCUGCUAACGCCCCCCCCCCGCGCGCACGGCGCUGUGACUGCAGAGAACGUGAUUGUGGACGCGGAGGGCAGGGGGAGGCUGAUAGGGGGCGCGCACCUGCGCUCUCUGCUGGUGCAGCAGGUGGGGAGGGGCGCGUGCGCGGUGGGGGGAGGAGGAUUCUGGGGGAGUCCGCGGUUGGAGGUCGGGGAGGCGGAGGAAGAGGAGCAGGAGGUGCCGAGGCAGCAGCAGCAGCAGCAGGCGGGUGAGCGUGAGGAGGCGGUGUUUGAGACGUCAAGCAACAGAGCAGCGUACGUGGAUACGUGGCAGGCGAGCCCGUGCCUGUCGCCGUGUGUGGAGGCGCUAGUACCAGCCACGGCAGCGGGGGAUGUGUUCAGCGUGGGAGUGCUGCUGCUGGAGCUCGUCACGGGCAGGCGACCCGUGGUGCGGGCCCACAGGGACCUGCAGCUAGCCGCUGCUGCUGCUGCUGCUGCUGGCAAUGGUGCUGGUGUUACUCCUGCUGCUGCUGCUCCUUCUCCUGAUGCAAGAGCAUCAGCUGCGGCGCCAGCGGCGGCUACAGCGGGCACGGGGAGCAGAGGACGCGGAGAAGGGGCCAGUGGGAAUGACGCUGCCGUGUCGGGGCGGACGGGCCUUGGAGGAGGGGGAGCAGGGGGGGCCAGGGGGGCAGGGGGGAGGUGCGCACCACUACAAGAGGCGAUUGAGGAGGGGCGUGAGUCAGAGAGUGAGGAGGAAAGCGAGGAGGAGGAGAGUGGGGAGGAGGAGAGUGAGAGUGAGGAGGAGGAGACAGCAAGCAAGCAAUCCCUCUGGUCCCUUCCCUUUGACAAAUCACCCAUCGCCAUCCCUCUCUCUCCCACUCACCAACCCAUCCCCAUGCCCACGCACCUCCCCCCUCCCGCGCCCUCCUCCCCAUCCCUCCGCCAUUCCUCCCCCUCAUCGCCCCCCCAGCACCACCGCCACACGCCCCUCCAUAUAGUCACAUGGGUGCAGUCGCUGCUGAAGGGCGGAGAUUUCCGGGUGAUUGUAGACCCGAGACUGGGUCUGUGGCCCGAACCGGAGAUAAGCAGCAGUGGCAGGGUGGUGUGUGGUGAAACGGUUGAGCUGCUUCAAGAGAUGUCAGGGUCAAAGAAAUGUGCAGGUGGAAGCAGCAGCAGUAAAGCUAGGCAGAGAACGAAGCCUCAGGAGGAGCAGGGAGCAGCAGGGAUGGCGGGAGCAGCAGCAGGGCUGGUGGGCGAGGCGGUGGAAGAGGCGUACGUGGCAGCAGUGAUAGGCGUGGUAGAUCUGGCGCUGCGCUGUGUGCUGCCGGCGCCCCCCCUGCGGCCGUCCAUGGCACAGGUGGCUACGGCGCUGGAGCUGCUGCGCUUGGACCUGCAGGGCGAGCUCGAGGCCCUGGGCGCUGCUGGCGGUGGUGCUGGUGACACAGCAGGGAUGGCGCAGAAGCUCGGACAGAGAGUGGGUCUGGGUGGUGCUGGUGGUGGUGGUUGUGGGAGGGAGUGUGGUGUGAGCGAUGAGGUGACUUCUGAGCUGUCGUUCAAGGAGCGCAGCCCAAGGGUGAAUGGCACAGUAACAACUCAUGAUGACGAGUAUGCUGCAUUGCCUGCUGCUGUGAUGAUGCCACGGCUGCAACUGGAUGAAGAGGAGGAGGAUGAGGGCGGGGAGGAGGAGGAGGAGGGGGCUGCAGACGACGAGUUGAAUGGAAAUGGGAGUGAUUCUCAUGAGUGUUGUGACGACAGGCACAGCCUGAGUGCAGCUACUGCUUCGGCCACGCUGGCUGCUGUGAGCGAGACCAUGAGCGGGGGGAACAGCAACGGGGCUGGGGCUGCUCUUGGCGAGGAUGAGGCCACUAGUGGGAAGCGGAGGGGGUGGUUCAGUGCACGGGCGGACUGGGAGGGGGAAGUCACGUCAGGGGAGAUAGAGGAGGAGGAGGAUGGGGAGGAGGAGGUGGGGAAGAGGUGAGGGAGAGGGGAUAGAGGCUCGUUACAGCAAGGAAGUGGGGUUGAAACUGGGAGGGGGGAAUCUGGGAGCUUGUUGGAAUGGAACGUGGUGCAGGAUUUGGUUGCAAGGAAGACGGAGCAGCAGAGAGUGGGGCCCGCUCUGACCUCUUUUGUUGGGUGUAAGGUUAGCUCUCAGAAGAGGGUAGAAACUAGAGAAUUAAUGGGGGGGGGGUUGGGGGAAGGGGGGGAGAAGGUGUGCUAGAUUGGGGAUUUGGGAGAAUGGGUAGGACAGGCAAGGUGGGAUUGGGGUAGCUGCAAUGGGUUGUUGGGUGCUACCUGUAUUGUAUGGCUCUAAUCUAUCUACCGGUACA